GGUCGCUCUGCGCUUAUUUGGGUUAGGUAAUCAGUGUUGUCAACUUGUUACAGUCACCAUUCAUAUCAACUCAACUGAAAUCAGUUGAUUAGUGAAUCUAAACCGAGACGGUCCGUGCGUCGAGAGUAGUAACAGAAACGAAACAGAAGAAAUAAUCAGAAGUUGAUGUUCCACUCAUUGUAACCGACUCGGUGUUAUUUUCGAUUCUAAUCAAAUUUGCAUAAUUUCUUUCAAUUGAAUUUGUACGUGUUAUGCAAAUCGUACAACUGCACAGUGAAUCAGAUUAUAAGUUUUGUGAAAAUGCCUGCGAGGCUAAUUUGAUCAGUUUCAUUUCAUUCGACAAUUAUUGAUACGGAAACAACGGUUCUAAGGAUGGAAAAUAUAAAAAAUUAAUCGGAAAUUUAAAAGAAAAUUCAAAUUGAAAUUGUUUGGUACAUUAUCGGAAACGUAAUACGUAUCGGGGUCAUAACGGCAGGAUUGCAGAUUAGUUAAACGCGAAAGUGACAAACUAAGACUUGGAAUAUUUGGAAUAAUUGUUUUUCUUCAGAACGAAAAUUGAAGAAUGACGGAGGGCGCUACUCAUUUAGCAUGUGACGAAGUACUCGUCGUUCACAAUUCUCAAGACGAAUCCAUUGAAUUACCGGCCUUACGAAAUCCAGAUUCAAAUAAGUCAAAUCAACAGAUAACCAAAUGCAAUUUACCUGAACGAGGUUCUUGGUCCAGUAAGUUAGACUUUAUUUUAUCGGUGGUGGGUUUGGCUAUUGGUUUGGGUAAUGUGUGGCGUUUUCCGUAUCUGUGUUAUAAAAAUGGUGGCGGUGCGUUUCUUGUGCCAUAUUUUCUUACACUGUUCUUAGCUGGUAUACCGAUGUUUUUCAUGGAACUGGCAAUGGGACAAAUGUUGACGAUAGGCGGUUUAGGCGUGUUCAAAAUUGCACCAAUUUUCAAAGGUAUCGGAUACGCUGCAGCGGUGAUGUCAUGCUGGAUGAAUGUUUAUUACAUUGUCAUAUUGGCAUGGGCCGUUUUCUACUUCUUUAUGUCGCUUCGUGCAGAUGUACCAUGGCGUACGUGCGACAAUUAUUGGAAUACUGUAAACUGUGUCAAUCCGUACGCAAGAAAGGAUCUUCACUGCUGGGAAACAUUUGUUAAUUCGUCCUUAACGAAAGUGUGCUCACUUGCAUCUGGAUCAAAUGUGUCCAGUUCGGCCCUUACCGAUCCGGUCAAAGAGUUCUGGGAACGCCGAGCACUGCAAAUAUCACCAGGCAUCGAACACGUUGGUGGAAUUCGAUGGGAAUUGGCCGGGACAUUACUGUUGGUGUGGAUUCUGUGCUACUUCUGUAUAUGGAAAGGUGUGAAAUGGACGGGAAAAGUUGUUUAUUUCACUGCCCUGUUUCCCUACUUCCUCCUAACAAUAUUGCUGAUUCGUGGAAUCACUUUGCCGGGAGCCAUGGAUGGCAUACGGUUUUAUGUGAUUCCCAACUUUUCGAAAUUGUCAGAAUCUGAGGUGUGGAUUGAUGCGGUGACACAGAUCUUCUUUUCGUACGGUCUCGGCUUGGGUACAUUGGUCGCACUUGGUAGCUAUAAUAAAUUCAACAACAACGUGUACAAAGAUGCUCUGAUUGUGUGUACGGUAAACUCUAGCACCAGUAUGUUUGCUGGAUUCGUAAUAUUCUCCGUUGUUGGUUUUAUGGCACACGAACAGCAACGUCCCGUGGCCGAAGUAGCAGCAUCCGGUCCUGGAUUGGCAUUUUUAGCUUAUCCGUCAGCAGUACUUCAACUACCUGGAUCACCGUUGUGGGCGUGUCUGUUUUUCUUCAUGCUUUUGUUAAUUGGUCUCGACUCUCAGUUCUGCACAAUGGAAGGUUUCAUUACGGCCGUUAUUGAUGAGUGGCCACAACUUUUGCGUCGUCGUAAAGAGAUAUUCAUUGCGGUUGUGUGCUUCAUCAGUUACUUGGUUGGAUUUUCGUGUAUAUCUCAGGGUGGUAUGUACGUGUUCCAAAUCCUUGAUUCGUAUGCGGUUAGUGGUUUCUGUUUGCUAUUUUUGAUAUUCUUCGAAUGUGUGUCGAUCUCAUGGGCAUUCGGUGUUAACCGAUUUUACGAUGGCAUCAAAGACAUGAUUGGAUACUACCCAAUGGCAUGGUGGAAAUUUUGCUGGACUAUUACAACACCGUGCAUUUGCAUUGGCGUCUUCUUCUUCAACUUGGUCCAAUUUACUCCGAUUAAAUACUUAGGAUACGAAUAUCCAUGGUGGGCUCAUGCAUUCGGUUGGUUCACCGCUCUGUCGUCGAUGUUAUGUAUACCCGGCUAUAUGAUCUGGUUGUGGAGAAACACACCCGGUGAUCGUGAAACGAAAAUUCGAUUGAUCGUUCGUAUUGAUGAAGACGUUGCAACGCUAAGGGAGAAAAUGCAAGCUGAUGCACAAAAGCAGGCUGAAUUGUACUCACUGUAAAUGGUUUAAUUUAAUAGAUACUAAGAACAAAUAAUGAACAAACAACCGACACAACAAAUCAUUCCAUUUUAAUUUAAAUAUUUAUUCAUCUUAUUUAUAUAAAUGCAAGGCAUUAAAUUACGAGAAUUAAUUUACUAAAACUGUUUGAAAAGUGGCAACAAUUUCCUCUUUUUGUAUUAAAAGGUUCGCAUUCAACUUUAAAUUAUAUUUUAGCUUAAAAAUAAAAAUAAAAAAAAGAAAGAAUUAAAAACGAAAAACCCCAAAAAUCUUAAUUUUUAAGGAAACUUAGAGUUUGAGUUUGAGUGUAAGACAAAAAAAAAAGAAUUUAACAUUUUCCUGAGUUUGAUGAGCCUGAAUAAAAGUUUAAUGUUGUUGUCAAACUUAAAAUUAAAGAAACAAAAAAAGAGAAAGAAAUAAAAGGAAAUGAAUUGCAAA